GUCCACGCCGACGCAGCGAAUUUCGGGGAAGGGAAGGGGAAAGAAGAGGUUUAUCGGAGGCUGAUUGAGGAGGCUGAGGCGCUUUUUGUGGGGGAGAGGAAUUGGGUAUGUUUUUUUUUGGCUUUUUCUUUUUGUAUUUUUUGGGGGAAGGGGGGGGAGAGUGUGAGAUGUGUGGAUGAUGGCUGAUUUUUUGGGUUGUAUUGGUGUAGGUUUGGUGAGUUAUUAUUUACCCUUUUUUCUUUUUGGGAUUUUGAUCUUAUUUUUGAGAGGCUUAUUGCUGGAAGAGUGGGAAGAAAAAGAGGGUGAGAGGAUGAGAUGAGAGGAUGAGAUGAGAUGGAUGGAUUUUAGAUUGUACUGUACUGGAUUUUGGAGUUGGAAUUGGGAAUGCAAGCAGGUCCAGAUCAACUAACCUGUGUCUCUAAACAGUAAUCUCGCAAAUACCGCCUCCCUCCUAUGGCACGCCUACAAAUCGCUCCCAUCCCCUUCAUCAGAAGUAAACUGGGCUGGUUCGUCUUUUCCUUCCUUCCUCUCCAUACCUCCCCUCUCACACCCUCUCACCACUUCCUCUUCUCCACCAACCAACUAACCAAUCCAAAAAAGGCUUCUACACCCUCCACCCCACCCAUCCCCGCACCCUCCUCCUAUCCCCCUUCCAAGGCAAAGUAGCCUGUCAAACCAUCGCCUUCUCGCGUGGUGUAUGUGGUAAAGCUGCUUCUACAAAAACUACCCAGGUUAUUCAAAACGUAGAGGAAUUCGAAGGCCAUAUUGCGUGUGAUAGUGAGAGUCGGAGUGAGAUUGUUGUUCCGAUUUUUAGGGGGGGUGGGGGUAAGGGUGAGGGGAGGGGUGAGGAGGGGGAAAGAGAAGGAAGGGAGAGGGAAGUGGUGGCUAUUAUUGAUGUUGAUUGUCGGCUUGUUGGGGGGUUUGAUGAGGUUGAUCGGGUUUGGUUGGAGAGGUUGGGGGGGUUGCUUGGGGGUGCUUGUGAUUGGUA